GGCGCUCUGCGAACAUGGCGGCGGCGGCGGUCGGGCGGGACACUUUACCUGAGCACUGGUCCUAUGGCGUGUGCCGGGACGGCCGCGUCUUCUUCAUAAAUGACGAGCUCCGCCGCACAACCUGGCUGCACCCGCGCACCGGGGAGCCAGUCAACUCCGGCCACAUGAUCCGCUCAGACCUGCCCCGCGGCUGGGAGGAGGGCUUCACGGAGGAGGGAGCCAGCUACUUCAUCGACCAUAACCAACAGACCACAGCAUUCAGGCAUCCUGUGAGUGGGCAGUUUUCGCCAGAAAAUAGCGAAUUUAUUCUUCAAGAAGAGCCACAUCCACAUAUGUCAAAGCAAGAGAGAAACCAAAGGCCGUCCAGCAUGGUCAGUGAGACGUCCACAGCUGGAACUACGUCCACCGUGGAGGCCAAGCCUGGUCCCAAGAUCAUGAAGUCCAGCAAUAAAGUCCACAGCUUUGGGAAGAGGGACCAGGCUAUUCGGAGGAACCCCAAUGUUCCGGUGGUGGUGAGGGGAUGGCUGCACAAGCAGGACAGUUCUGGAAUGAGACUAUGGAAAAGGAGGUGGUUUGUGCUCGCUGAUUAUUGCUUGUUUUACUAUAAAGACAGCCGAGAAGAAGCGGUCCUUGGGAGCAUCCCUCUGCCCAGCUAUGUGAUCUCGCCUGUAGCCCCUGAGGACCGCAUAAGUCGCAAGUAUUCCUUUAAGGCUGUGCACACGGGCAUGCGAGCACUCAUCUACAACAGCUCUGCGGGGGGCUCUCAGGCUGAGCAGUCGGGCAUGAGGACCUACUACUUCAGUGCAGACACCCAGGAGGACAUGAAUGCGUGGGUCCGGGCCAUGAACCAGGCCGCACAGGUGCUGUCUCGAUCAUCGCUGAAGAGGGACAUGGAGAAGGUAGAGCGGCAGGCGGUCCCCCAAGCCAACCACACAGAGUCCUGUCGAGAGUGUGGCCGCAUGGGACCUGGACAUGCGAGGGAUUGUCCUCAUCGAAGUCAUGAGGAUUCCUUUGGCUUUGAGAGGCGGGAGCAAGAGGAAGAACGGUACCGUUCCCAGAGGGACCCACUGGAGGGCAAGCGGGACAGGAGCAAGGCCAGGUCCCCGUACUCACCGGCUGAGGAGGAUGCCUUGUUCGUGGACUUACCUGGUGGUCUGAGAGGCCAACAAGCACAGCCCCAGCGGGCAGAGAAGAAUGGGGUGCUGCCCGGCAUGUAUGGCCCAGGAGAGCAGAAUGGGACCGGCGGGUAUCAACGGGCCUUUCCUCCCAGGAACAACACUGAAAAGCACAGCCAGAGGAAGAGCAGCCUGGCCCAGGUGGAGCACUGGGCAAAAGCCCAGAAGGGGGACGGCAGGAGCCUGCCCCUGGACCAGACCCUUCCUCGCCAGGGUCCCAGCCAGUCACUGUCCUUCCCAGAAAAUUACCAGACUCUGCCUAAGAGCUCCCGAUAUCCCUCAGGGGGCUCCUCGCCCCCUCCCCGCGACCUGCCCAGUGACUACAAGUAUGCGCAGGACCGAGCCAGUCACCUGAAGAUGUCGAGUGAGGAGCGCCGGGCGCACCGGGAUGGCACGGUGUGGCAGCUCUACGAGUGGCAGCAACGGCAGCAGUUCCGGCAUGGCAGCCCCACAGCGCCCAUCUGCGCUGGUUCCCCGGACUUCACCGACCAGGGCCGGAGCAGAAGCAUGCUGGAGGUGCCCCGCUCCAUCUCUGUGCCUCCGUCUCCCUCCGACAUCCCUCCUCCGGGCCCCCCGAGGGUUUUCCCACCCCGGCGGCCGCACACGCCAGCGGAGAGGGUCACCGUGAAGCCCCCGGACCAGCGGAGGAGCGUGGACAUCUCCCUGGGGGGCUCUCCCAGGAAGGCACGGGGCCACGCCACCAAGAACUCCUCUCACGUGGACCGCCGCUCCAUGCCCUCCAUGGGCUAUGUGACCCACACAGUCAGCGCUCCCAGUCUCCAUGGAAAAUCGCUGGAGGAGCUCUCGAGGCUUCUCACCCGCUUACGGCGGCACCAGGCGAGGCUGGCCAGCGUGCGCAAUCUCGCCGUCGGCCAGUUACUGCAGCACCAGCUGACAUGGCCCGCCUGCCAGGCUGAUGAUACCUACCUCCAGCUGAAGAAGGACCUGGAGUACUUGGACCUAAAGAUAAAAAAUAAUGAACCUUUGAUCAACGUGCUUUACAAAGUGCUGAAGAAGUCAGCACGGGGCUGUCGGCCCAGGAGAAGCAUGACGGGCCGGGACCUGGUCAAGGAUCGGAGUCUGAAGCCGGUGAAGAUCGCAGAGAGUGACAUUGACGUCAAACUGAGCAUCUUCUGUGAACAAGACAGGAUCCUCCAGGACUUGGAAGACAAGAUCCGAGCCCUCAAGGAGAACAAAGACCAGCUGGAGUCUGUGCUGGAGGUUUUGCACAGACAGAUGGAGCAGUACCGAGACCAGCCCCAGCACCUGGAGAAGAUUGCUCACCAGCAGAGGUUGCUGCAGGAAGACCUUGUCCACAUCCGGGCAGAGAUCUCCAGAGAGUCCACUGAGAUGGACAAUGCCUGGAACGAGUACCUGAAGUUAGAGAGUGAUGUGCAGCAGCUGAAGCAGACCCUGCAGGAACAACACAGAAGGGCCUUUUUUUUCCAGGAGAAAUCGCAGAUACAGAAGGAUCUCUGGAGGAUUGAAGAUGUCAUCGCAGGCCUGAGUGCAAAUAAAGAGAACUUUAGAAUCCUGGUGGAAUCCGUCAAAAAUCCAGAGAGAAAAACGGUGCCUUUGUUUCCUCACCCGCCUGUGCCUUCACUCUCGACUUCUGAGAGCAAGCCGCCCCCACAGCUCAGCCCUCCUACCAGCCCCGUGCGGACCCCUCUGGAGGUCCGACUCUUCCCCCAGCUGCAAACCUAUGUGCCGUACCGACCUCAUCCACCCCAGCUGAGGAAAGUGAUGUCCCCUCUUCAGUCACCAACCAAGGCGAAGCCCAAAGUUGAAGAUGAGGCACCUCCCAGGCCCCCACUCCCUGAGCUCUACAGUCCAGAGGACCAGCCCCCGGCAGUGCCACCUCUGCCAAAGGAGGCCACUAUCAUCCGGCACACGUCAGUGCGGGGUCUGAAACGGCAGUCGGAUGAGAGAAAGCGAGACCGGGAGCAGGGGCAGUGUGUGAAUGGGGACUCAAGGGUGGAGCUCCGGUCAUACGUUAGUGAGCCUGAGCUGGCGACUUUCAGUGGGGACAUGGCCCAGCCCUCCCUGGGACUAGAGGGCCCUGACAGCAGGUACCAGACACUGCCAGGCAGAGGGCUCUCAGGGUCCAUGUCAAGGCUCCAGCAGUCAUCCACCAUUGCUCCUUACGUCACGCUCCGGAGGGGUCUAAAUGCCGAAAGCAGCAAGGUGACCUUCCCUAGACCCAAGAGUGCCUUGGAGCGCCUGUACUCAGGGGAUCACCAGCGGGGCCAGAUGAGCGCAGAGGAGCAGCUGGAGCGCAUGAAGCGGCACCAGAAGGCCCUGGUCCGGGAGCGCAAGAGGACGCUGAGCCAAGGAGAGAGGACGGGUCUGCCCUCGUCCCGCUACAUCAGCCAGCCUCUGCCUGGAGACCACGGCUCAUGGAAGCGCGAGCAGGACUUUGACCUGCAGUUGCUGGAACGGGCCAUGCAAGGGGAGAGAAAGGACAAGGAGGAAAAUGGCUGGUUGAAAGUGCAGGCCAUGCCUGUCACUGAGUUGGACCUGGAACCUCAAGACUAUGACUUGGACAUCAGCAGAGAGCUGGCCAAACCAGAGAAGGUCUCCAUCCCUGAGCGUUACGUGGAGCUGGACCCUGAGGAGCCGCCCAGCCUUGAGGAGCUGCAGGCGCGGUAUCGCAAAGCUGAGAAGAUCCGCAACAUCCUUGCUCGUUCCAGCAUGUGUAACCUGCAGCCGCCAUCGGGCCAGGAUCGGAACAGCGUGGCUGACCUGGACUUGCAGCUGCAGGAGCAGGAACGCCUCAUCAACAUCUCCUACGCGCUGGCCUCCGAGGCCUCCCAGCGCAGCAAGCAGGUGGCAGCGCAGCAGCUGGCCCUCCUCCCGCCUAACGCCCCCCUGUCCUCCAGGACGGUGCCACCCUAUCCCCCCUUAAGCAACGGACUCCACUACACCUUUGUCUAACACCUUCCAACCCAGGCAGUGACUGACCCAUGACCCAACGUGCAAAGGAGAAGUCUGGACCUGGGGACCCCGUGGAACCAGUUUCAUCCAAGAAGAUUGAUCUUCUUCCCCCAAGGAAACCCCCUUCCAGCUCAGCAGGGGUUCCGGCUGGAAGAAGGAGUGGUCCACCAACUGUGGGGAGUUCAGCAUAGGGCUAGGUCCUAACAACCCUCCCCUCAACUUGUUUUAGUUCAGACUCCUUUUUACAUAUGACAAAGGCACUUUUGAUACACACUGUAAAAUACUGAUGCUGUAUUUUAGACUCAAAAUAUAUUUUAUAAUGUUCACCUCAAGGGCUGAGUGGCUGGAAAGGGGAGGAUGCAGGAUUUUGGAGCUGCACCUACAGAUUCAGGUACCGUGUGCAUGCUAGGUGUGGGCUGGGGAGAAGGGCAGGGCAAGCAGGGGCCAGUCCAACAUCCAUGAACUCAGGUGAAGGUUGGAUUUGACAUGUGCUUCCAGGGGGGCCCGGCGUUGGGCUCGUUGGUAUACUAUCUGGGGGAAGAGGGCUCCUUAGCUGCAGAGGUUAGCUGUCCUUGACCUGGCCAGAUGACUGGCUCUGGAGGGGAAACUCCAGCAGGCUGCCAUGUGGAGCCCAAGUCUGUGCCUUGGCCCUUGGGUUUGGUUUAGGGGCAGUGGUAUAUUCAAGAGGUUUGGCUCCCAACCUGUUCAUGAGACUCUCUCAGCAAAGGGCUCUCUUAUGAAAAACGGAACAGUUUG